AUGGUGCCCUUGCUGCUGCUGCUGCCCCUGCUGUGGGGGGGGUCCCUGCAGGAGCUUCCAGGGUACGAGCUCCGAGUGCAGGAAUCAGUUUCGGUGCAGGCGUGCAUGGACGUCCUCGUGCCCUGCUCCUUCUACUACUACCCCGUGAAUUUGGAGUAUUUCUCUGCUGAACCCUUCAUCUACUGGUUCCGGGAAAGAGACAACCCACACAGUGAUGCUGUGGCCACAAAUGACCAAAAGAAACGAGUGAAGUCAGAGACCCGGGGUCGAUUCCGCCUCGUCGGGGACCCCAGGGACAAUGACUGCUCCCUGAGCAUCCAAGAGGCCAGGCUGAGCGACUCAGGAGUCUACUACUUGCGAGUGGAGAGAGGAUCUGUGAGAUACAGUUACAGAGCGAAGCAGCUGAACUUGCAGGUGACAGGUGUGACGGGGAAACCCAACAUCCAGUUCCUGGAGCCUCUGGAGUCCGGCCGCCGCACACCUCUGACCUGCAGCCUGUCGCUAGUCUGUGAUCGGCCAGACCCUCUCCUGUUUUCCUGGGCGGGGGACACCCUUGAUGCCAUGAACCCAGACACCCUCCACUCCUCGGAGCUCACCCUCACCCCGAGGCCCCAGGACCACGGCACCAACCUCACCUGUCGGGUGACACUCCAUGGAACGCAGCUGACCCUGGAGAGAACCGUCCAACUCAACGUUUCCUAUGCCCCGAGGAACCUCCACAUCAGCCUCUCCUUCAGAAACAUCACAGCCCUCAAGAUUCUGCAGAAUGCCUCAUCUAUUCUCAUCUCAGAGGGCCAGGCACUGCAGCUGCUGUGUGUUGCUGACAGCAACCCCCCUGCACAGCUGAGCUGGUUCUGGGGAUCCCCAGCCCUGGAGUCUACCCCCAUCUCCAGCACCGGGGUCUUGGAAAUACCACAAGUAGUGGCUGGAGAUGGAGGAGAAGUCACCUGCCGAGCUCAGCACCCACUGGGCUCCCAGCAAGUUUCCUUCAGCCUCUCUGUGCAGAAAGGCCCCCCUCCCUGCACCUGUGAGGCUGAGGAGCAGCAGGGCUCCUGGCCUCUGAUCCUCACCCUGAUCAGAGGGGCCCUCAUGGGGGCUGGCUUCCUCCUCACCUAUGGCCUCACCUGGACCUACUACACCAGGUGA